UAAUUCCCUUUGUCGUCUCUUUUCUUCUUCUCUGAGCUCGAAGAGGAAGAUGACGGUGGAAGCAGUGAACCCUAAGGCGUAUCCGCUAGCAGAUUCUCAGCUAUCGAUAACAAUCCUCGAUCUUGUUCAGCAGGCUACUAACUACAAGCAGCUCAAGAAAGGAGCUAAUGAAGCUACCAAGACAUUAAACCGUGGAAUCUCUGAGUUCGUGGUUAUGGCUGCCGAUGCAGAGCCCCUCGAGAUUCUUCUUCAUCUUCCUUUGCUUGCCGAAGAUAAGAAUGUGCCGUAUGUGUUUGUACCUUCGAAACAAGCGUUGGGAAGAGCAUGCGGUGUAACAAGACCUGUGAUCGCUUGUUCGGUAACAUCGAACGAGGCAAGCCAGUUGAAAUCACAGAUUCAGCAGCUCAAGGAUGCUAUAGAGAAGCUCCUGAUCUAAGAGGGUUUUGUUCUCGGUAUGAAGAGCCUCCCUGCAGGGUUGGGAAAGGCUCUGACUGAAGUUAGUUUGUGCAACUAAGCAAUUUAAUUCACGAAUCUACUCAUUUUAAAGUUUGUAUUUCGGAGUUUUUAGAUAAUUUGCAGCGAAUGUAUGUUAUUUGGAACAUCACUUUCAUUAAUGCAAUGGAGUUUCGGUUUUUGUGUUAAAGAAAUAAAAAUUGACGAGCUCUUCUAGACC